AAUUUAUCAUAAGUUUCUAAUGAAUAUAUAACCACUUCUUUUAAAAUCAACACAAAAUUGAUUAAAUUGUUAAUUAGAAGUAAAUUAAAAGUCAUUUCCAAAAUGAAUGAGACUUCCGAAUCGGAACCUUUACCUUCGUACCCUUUGGAUGUGAAUUAUUGUGGUAAUUGUUCCCUGCCCUUGGAGUAUUGCGAGUACCAUAUUGAUUACGACAGUUGUAAGGAAUGGUUGGAAAAGAACCUCCCUUCGGAAUAUGCCAAGAUAGUCAACCUCGGUGGCGGCGAAGAAGGCAAUGAGGAAAAGAAGAGGCAGAAACGAGGAGGCAAAGCUAUCGGCAAAAGCAAGACGACGAGGAAGGCGAAGGAGGAGAAACAGGUGUGCGUGUACAGAGCGCCCAGGGGUAAAAAGAAGUCGGUGACCGUGGUCACUGGUUUGGCCGGCUUCGACAUCGACCUCAAGGUGGCCGCCAAGUUCUUCGGCACCAGGUUCGCCUGCGGUUCCUCCGUCACGGGCGAGGACGAGAUAGUCAUCCAGGGUGACGUCAAGGAGGAUCUGAUUGAGGUCAUUCCUGAGAAGUGGGUCUGUGUGGAGGAGGCCAUGAUAGAAGACUUGGGCGAUAUGAAAAGGGCUCUUUGAAAAACGUAAAAAUCAUUAAAUUUUAUUUAAUAGCUAAUCGUAUUGAUUUACCUAGGUAAACUUAAAAGUUUCGCGUAUAUCUUUGGCUUAUUGCAAAAAGUCACCAAGUACUUUAAUUAUGGAGCUGAAUUAUUAUGAACGUUUUUGUGAUUUUUAUUGAUAAAAUUAAAUAUCUU